AUGAUCCUGGUCGGCGGCCGGCUGCGGAACGCUAAUAUCUCGGCCGGACGGAAGCAUCCCGUCAUUCUGGACAACCAUCAUCCUCUAUCGAUUAUCAUCGCCGUUCACUACCAUCAAAAGAACCUUCACGCUGGACAGCAGCUCUUGAUUGCCAGCAUGCGGGAGAAGUACUGGCCAUUGUCUGCUCACAACCUGGCUCGGAAGGUCAUCCACCGCUGUGUCAAAUGCUUUCGGACACGGCCGACGGCUCACGAGCAGCUCAUGGCGGACUUACCUGCAGAACGUGUCACUCCGGCUCCACCAUUCAUGCGCGUAGGGGUGGACUACUGUGGUCCGUUCUAUAUCCAAUACCCCUAUCGCAAGGGCGGUCCGAUAAAAUGUUUUGUUGCCGUUUUCGUAUGUCUCGCUGUGAAGGCGGUCCAUUUAGAGGUCGUGGGAGACCUUACAACUCAAGCUUUCAUCGCAGCACUGAAACGGUUCGUCUCCCGUCGAGGUCGGCCUGAAAUUCUCAUGUGCGACAAUGCAACGAACUUUGUCGGUGCCCGGCGUGAACUGGACGAGCUUCGGAAGCUGUUCAACAACCAAGACUUCAUGAAAGCUGUUACUGAGGAGACAUCCUGGGAGAACAUCAACUUUAAAUUCAUCCCGGCGAAGUCACCCAACUUCGGAGGCCUGUGGGAGGCCGCCGUGAAGUCGAUGAAGGAACACCUGAAGCGUACCCUAGGCAAUACAGUCCUCGUCUCAGACGAAAUGGCCACUCUGGUGGCACAGAUUGAAGCGUGUCUCAACUCGAGACCCCUCACACCACUAUCCAACGACGCGACUGACCUGGAAAUCCUAACUCCCGGUCACUUCCUGGUCGGCAGGCAGCUGACAGCAAUCCCAGAACCAUCACUGCAAGACCUCAACGAAUCAAGGCUCUCGAAGUGGCAGCGUGUGCAGUAUUUUCUGCAACGAAUCUGGAAUCGUUGGUCAACCCAGUACUUGUCAAACCUGCACACCCGUACAAAGUGGACCAAACAGCGUAACAACCUUUUCGUCGGCACCAUGGUACUGCUGUGCGAGGACAACGUGCCGCCCCUCAAAUGGCGGCUGGGUCGGGUCACAGAGAUUCACCCAGGAAAGGACGGCAACAUUCGUGUCGUCAAAGUUCACACGAAGGACGGAGAUUUUCUACGAGCGAUAUCCAAAGUUUGUGUCCUACCAAUACGGGACAACGAGUCGACACCAGCGUCAGCUCACGAGAAGGAUUGA